GUCGGCACGAACCACGGGCAUUUGCUGGCCAUAGGCUUCAUUGUUGACACUGAACCGUAUACACGGACGGAGCCGGCAUUCAUUUCACGUUUAAAUAUGACACAAAAGACGCCAAUCCUGUUACUCAAAACCAAAUCAGUUCCUGGGGAUAGCUACGAGGAGCUAUUCUCAACUCCUUCAGAUGGCCUAGUGUUUGAGCCGUCGUUCGUUCCAGUGCUCGAGCACCGGUUCGACGAGCAAGGGAUGGCGAAAGUGCGCAGUUUCGUCCAAAACAGGUCCAUAAGCACGGCGGAGGACAGCGCGUACGGCGGCCUCAUCUUUACGUCUCAGCGUGCCGUCGAGGCCUUCACAAAGCUCGUUGAGGAAAAGAGAGGUGAAGUUGGAUGGCCGCAUCUCCAGGACGUGCCCGUUUACAGCGUUGGGCCAGCGACUACACGCGCUCUGAAAGCCGUCCCUCAAAUACCCUCUCUACAGGUCUUUGGGGAGCAUACGGGGACCGGCGAGAAGCUGGCUCCCUUCAUCCUCGAGCACUACGGGGAGUGGUACAGGGAUCGCAAGUCUAAGCCGCCCUUGCUUUUCCUUGUGGGCGAGAAGCGUCGAGAUAUUAUUCCCAGGAUAUUAACCGAGGCAGAGUGGCAAGUCGACGAAGUGGUCGUAUAUGGCACUGGAGAAUCGAAGUCGUUCAAGGACGAAUUUGCUCGGCGUCUCGAAGAAACAGCCGGCCAUCCGAGGAGAUGGGUGGUUGUGUUUUCACCCAGCGGAUGCGACAGUAUGCUGAGUGCCAUGGACAUGCUUGAUGAAUCGACUGGCAAGGCCAAACCCAAGCGGCCAGAUCGAACCACUUUUGUUGCCACUAUUGGGCCAACAACCCGGGAUCACUUGAUUCACGAGUUCGGGUACGAGCCCGAUGUCUGCGCUGAGCGGCCCACGCCAGAAGGCGUUUGGCAGGGCAUCUCCCGCUUCGUCAAAGGCUCUGAUUAGGGGUUGGUCUCGGCGCAGAGCUUGCGGAAUGUCCAGCCAGACAGCAUGGCGGCGUCCUAUACACGAAGCCUCCCAUCCCGCGGGGCUUGUUGGGAGGAUAGUUCGUGCAUCUUAUCUUAUAUAAAGUAUUCAUGGAUGAUAUCCUAAAGCGAGUCCUUCAGCGAAGUGCGUCUUGGUGUUCUGCGUACACGUAUUAGAUACUCUAGUUACCCAAGUACCUAUGCAAUUACCAGUACAGAUG